UUCGCUUUCUUAUUGCCUUCUGCCGCUGUCCGUCACCUCUCCUUCCCUUCCCAUUGGCUGAGGCGCGGCGGGAGCGGGAGGUUCGCUUCCCUGCCGCUCCCCGCUCCCCCGCCGCUCUGAGGCUCGGGUGCCUGAGUACCCCCGGGCGCCAUGGAGCGGCAGCAGGAGGUGAAGGCCCUGCUGAAGCAAUGGGAGGCGGCCUUCCUCCGUGAGCGGCGGCGCAGGCCCAGCCAGGCGGACAUCGAAGCAGCUCCAGAGGACACCCAACGGCUCUACAAGGAGUACAAGAUGCUCAAGCAGCAAAGAAAGGAGUUGGAUCCUUCCCAGCUUAGCCCCUCCUGCCAGCCAGCAGCACAGGAGAUUCCAACUGCAGAGCAGGUGCCAGACUUCGGUUGUUGGGGUGCACACCUGAACCGGCAGCCAAAAGCCCCCAAGCUGAACCAUCGCAGCCACGCUGUGCCAAAAGCCUCAGUGCAAUACUAUGGGAUGAAGCUGAAAUCCAACCUGGGAGCUGCCAGGAAGGAGACACCCCUGACCCCAAGGAAGACCCUGACUCCCAGGAGGACCACAGCUGUCCCUAGACUUCAGACAAAUUUGGGGAGUGGUGACAAAGCCGCAUCCUCAGCACCGGCAGAGCCUUUGCAGAGCAAGGGAGGCGAGCCGGGAGAUCUCCUCCUUCCUCCCUCAGUGUCAGAGCUGGCCCCCAUCAUCCUUGCUGCGGGGCUGAAGUCCCCACCACCACCACUGCCACCGAAUAAAUUCCAGCAGCUGAAGCAGACAGUGGCACAGAGGCUGGGCUCGCUGGAUCCUGCCUGGCUGCAGAGGUGCCAAGGGACACCUGGGGAUGAGGGGACAAUACUGGGUGCCACGCAGGAAGGGGAGCAGGGAGAGGUCAGCUGGGCCCCCUCAAAGCAGGAAGGGACUGGUGGAGAAGUAUCGGUGGGAGAUUCCAGGAGGAAAAGGCCAUGUGGAGAUGGUGGAGACAGCAUGGCAGCUUCCACAAAGCUCAAGCGGUGCCGCCAAGGCUCAGCCGAGGGAGCGUUAAGUGCUGCCAGCGGGCUGAAGCAGAGCAAGGAGGAAGGGGAGGAGGAGAAAGAGCGUGUGGCAACCCCAAAGGAGAGUGAGAAGGUGCUGGAUUCCUCAGAAAACCUCCUGGGGGAGGUGGAAGAGGAGAAACCCAGAUCCACCCGCAGAGCAGUCACUGCCAGCAGAGCACCUUCACAGAGACGCGGCAACUUUGUCAAGCUUAACCUGAAGAAGAAAUCUCAUGUCCGAGGUUAUGCCCUGCGGGGAAAUCGCCUUCGCAAACAGGUGUGGAAGCAGAAGUGGCAGAAGAAAGCGGAACAGUACGGGGGAGGCACCAGAUCCAUUGACCGAAGCUCAGACAUCUGCUUCAGUUGUGGCAGGACAGGACACUGGGCAUCAGCGUGCCGGGGCCAAGGGAUGGCUGCUGGCCUGCUGCCAGAGGAGAGCAGCCAUGCCGAUGAAGAAGAGGAGGCUCCCCUGCCCACGCUGGAAGAAGUGGCUCGCAGGACCAACAGCAUCUGCCCAGAGCUCUCUGCAGAGAGAAGAGGCAGCAGCCAGGAAGGAUCUGAAAAGAUUUUGGAGGCACCAACUUACCUGGAUGUGCGAAGGAUGACGUACGAGCCACCUGCUCCCCCUGUGCCCAUGGAGCCCCUCUACAGCCUGGGGCCGGAGGGGAAGGUUCGAGAGACCCCAGAGGAGGUGUUCAAGGCUCUGAAGGCGCUGGGCUACAGCUCCUUCCGCCCGGGCCAGGAGGUGGCCAUCAUGAGGAUCCUCUCAGGCCUGUCCACACUGGUGGUGUUAUCGACGGGGAUGGGGAAGUCCCUCUGCUACCAGCUCCCCGCUUACCUGUACCACAAGCGCUCCAAGUGCAUCACCUUGGUUGUCUCCCCUUUGGUAUCCCUGAUGAAUGACCAGGUCUCGGGGCUGCCGCCAUGCCUGAAGGCUGUCUGUAUCCACUCCAACAUGACCAAAGCCCAGCGGGAAGCAGCGAUGGAGAAGGUGAGGCAGGGCGGGGUGCAGGUGCUGCUGCUCUCCCCUGAGGCGCUGGUUGGUGGGAGCAGCUCAGGAUCUGGCUGCCUGCCCUCUGCUGAUCACCUGCCGGCCGUAGCCUUCGCCUGCAUUGAUGAAGCUCACUGUGUCUCCGAGUGGUCCCACAAUUUCCGUCCCUGCUACCUGCGGGUCUGCAAGGUUCUCCGGGAUCACCUGGGCGUGCGCUGCUUCCUGGGGCUGACAGCCACUGCCACCCUGGCCACAGUGCGGGACGUGGCCCAACACCUGGGUAUCCCAGCAGAGGAAGGGAUAGCGGUGCGCUCCACCGCUGUGCCCCCAAACCUGCACCUCUCAGUCUCGAUGGACAGGGACAGGGAUCAGGCCCUGAUCUCCCUGCUGCGAGAGGAGCGUUUUGGGUGCCUGGACUCCAUCAUAGUCUACUGCACGCGGCGGGAGGAGACAGUUCGCAUUGCGGCACUCAUCCGGACCUGCCUCCAAGGAGUGCUGGUCAGGGAAGCCAGGGAGCCAGGGCAGGACACUGCUGAAAGGAAGAAAGCGAAGGCAAAGAAGAGUGGUCGCCAGCCGCUGAAGUGGAUUGCAGAUGCUUACCAUGCUGGCCUAUCCGCUGCCGAACGCUGCCGCAUCCAGAACAGCUUCAUGAGUGGCCAGCUCCGUGUGGUGGUGGCCACGGUGGCUUUCGGCAUGGGGCUGGAUAAAUCAGAUGUCCGUGGUGUUGUACAUUACAACAUGCCGAAAAAUUUUGAGAGUUACGUGCAGGAGAUUGGACGGGCCGGGCGAGACGGUGAGCCAGCUCACUGCCAUCUCUUCUUGGACCCGGAGGGCAGGGAUCUCCACGAGCUGCGACGCCACAUUUACGGUGACACGGUGGAUUUUUUCACUGUCAAGAAGCUGGUGCAGAAGGUUUUUUCUCCCUGCAAGUGCUUGGAGCUGCACCAGAAACACCAGGAUGUCAUCAGGGAUGGGGAGGUGAAGGAUGCCAAAAUGGCCGAGCUCUUGGAGGAGAUGGUGGAAGAGGACAGUAGUGUGACGAGGCAGAGCAGGCAGCGGGUGUGCUACAAGCACGAGCGAGCUAUCCCCAUCCAACAAACCGUGGAGUCCCUGGACAUACGGGAGGAAGGCAUCGAGACCCUCCUGUGCUACCUGGAGCUGCACCCGCAGCGCUGGCUGGAGCUGCUGCCUCCCACCUACUCUUUCUGCCGACUGCAGUGCUAUGGGGGACCCCAGCAGCUCCGGGCCACAGCGCGGAGGUCUCCCCCUGUCGCUGUCUUCAUGGCCCGGGAGCGCCUGGCAGGGAGGGACCACAGCCAAGCCAGCUUGCUGGAGUUCGACAUGGUCUCGCUGAGCGACUCCAUGGGUUGGGAAGUAGCGCUGGUGAAACGUGCCCUGCGCCAGCUCCAGUGGGAUCCACAGCUGCGGAAAGACAGCUGCAGCGCAGGGAAGAGUGGGGUCAUGGUAGAGUUUGGAGAUUUCUCUUUCCACCUACGUGCUUACGGUGACCUCACCGACCAGGAGCUGGACUCCGUCUGUGAUUUCCUCCACCAAAGGGUGGUGGCCAGGGAGAAGAUGGCUCUUGGCCAACUCCGCACCUGUUUCCAGGCCUUCCAGAGUGUGGCCUUCCAGACCUGCAGUCCUCACCCUGUGGAGGAGGAGGAGGAGAAGAGCUCCUGCCUGAAGGCUCUGCUCAGCAACUACUUCGAGAAGGAGCCUGCUGGAGAGCAGGCUGAACAUGGCUGUGAGGAGGAGGAGGAGGACAAAGAUCUCAGUGAUGCUAAACUGCGGGAGUGGGAGAGCCAGAUCCGCGCUGACAUCCGCCAUUUCCUUGCCAUCCGCCAGGACGAGAAGUUCUCUGGCCGAGCCAUCGCCAGGGUAUUUCAUGGCAUUGGCAGCCCCUGUUUCCCCGCCCAGGUCUAUGGCCGUGAUCGCCGGUUCUGGAGGAAAUAUCUCUCCUUCGAUUUCCACCGGCUCGCCCGUCUGGCCACCGAGGAGAUCCUGGCCAGCAGGUGAUGGCAGGAGCCGAAAGGGCAGAGCCACCCCAUGCUCCAGGGACGGCGGUGCCACACAGGCCAUUACUGUGGCCCUCGGGGCUGUGCCAGCUGCCAUCACCCCCCGAGGACCCCGUUUGGGGCGGUGAGCAGAGACCACCCUUCCGCCGAGAAGUGGGGCAGAGGGGAGCACAGGCUUGUUCGUGGUGCGCGCUGCCCCUGCCUGCCUUGCCCUGCUGCUGCGUAGGAGCGGCUGGGGAGGCCAAGCGCUGCCUCCGACAGGGGUCCUGCCUCCUCGGGUGGGCUGCCCGCCCUCAGCCUGUCCCUGUGCCGGCAGGGAUUUUUGUCUGGAUUUUAAUAAUGAAUUAAUAAAGGACACUGACCUUUAACCCC